UGACGUGGAACAAACUGCGUUGUUUUUGUGUGGCAGACUUGUGACUUGUUUUACUUAAUCUUUAUAUAAUCUGAUUUCGUUUGUACAUGUACAAAAGUGUGUAUAUAGGUCUGAAUUGCAUCACCUAAGUUAAGCGUUCAGACCAUAUGGUCGGUGACUGUCAAGUUGUAAAGACGUGGGUUUCUAUCAGAACAGUAAUUAUUUUCAGUGGGUAUCUUACCUGAUCAUUUUAAAGGUUAACCUCAAACUAACUUUAUUGCUCUCCAAAGCAGCGCACGACUUAACAACCAUACGGACUUUUAUAUAAACAACGUGAAGCAUCUUUGUAAAUAGUUGCAAUGGAUUUUAUCGAAGAAAUGAUGGAGGAAGGGCAAAUCGUACGGGUGUUUGGAUAUGGGUCUUUGCUCUGGAAGCCGGACUUCCGGUAUGAGCAGGCGUUCAUCGGCAGGAUAGAAGGCUAUAAGAGACGAUUUUGGCAAGGCAAUGUCACACACCGAGGAACGGAUGAAAAUAUUGGACGAGUUGCAACACUUAUUCCGUCCAAUAAGAGUAAGGUCUGGGGUGUUAUGUUUGAAGUCCGGGACCAAGAAGCAAAAAGUAAAGCCUUAAAUGGACUAACUAAUCGUGAGGUAUUCCUGGGCGGAUAUGACGUCAUUGCAACCACAUUUUAUCCCAGAGACGGGGAGUGUAAACCGUGCCUGGUAAUUGUUUUCAUGGCAACAUCUCAGAAUAGUUAUUUCCUCGGGAAAGCAAACACUGAUACAAUGGCUAUGCAAAUUGUUAACGCGGUUGGACCUUGUGGCACAAACAUUGAGUACGUUACCAAAAUGGCGGACUAUAUUAAAGAACAUAUACCGGAAGAUAAAGACACACACUUGUUCAAGCUAGACAAACGUGUCCGUGAAAUGAGUGACCAAAAACACUGUUUGAAUAAAUCUAUUGGACAGAAGGAAUUCUUUGAAGAAAGACAAGAAACAGACGGAUAAAUAAAUGAAUUUAAGGGAGUUAGUCUUUCAAAGUCGACCACGUGUUUAUUGUGGGCGACAAUAAAUUAUAUAGUGAUCUCAAAUAAUUCCAGUAUUUUUACAUCUAGAUUUUAAUGUUUUAAGCAUUUAUAGGUUAAUUUAUUAGUGAUUUAUUCAUCUUUCGUGUUUUCUGUCUUGGUUCGCAAAAAGUGCAAGACUAAAAAAUGGCCAGAAUUGUAUUCGAGUUGGUAAGAAUUGAGUUCCAAGUAAUUAAUAUUUCUUAAAACUUGAUUGAAAACUUUAACCUUUUUUUGUUUUAACAUUAGCCAAGAGCAUUUGUGAUGACAUGUUAGGGUCUGUGGCUAUGUUAAAGACGAUGUUCUAGGCUGGCUCGAUAUCCGAAUCCAGCCAUGUGUUUCUUAUGAACUUCGGUCAAUACUACCUAUAGUUGUAUAUUUUUUUAUAUAACUUGUUUUUCAUUGAAUAAAUAAUACAACCCAUUUCAUUUCCACAAAAUGUUAAGAAUAUUUUAAAUAUUGUAACAUAUUCUUACAAACUAAAUGUGAUAAUACAUAUUGAAAUAUUA